AUGUUGGCGACGACAUGGAUGUCCAAGAUACACAUUUUUACGCUGGUGGGGGCCGCCACCCUCGUUUUCCUGUUGGCCGGACACUACACGUAUAAGAAUUCCAUGGGUGGCUUUUCCCAUCCAAAAUCACAUGAUGGCCCGUCGGCUCAAGAUCUUCUUUCCCAACCGUUCCCUACCAAAAUCUGGCAAAGUUGGAAGGAUGACUCGGAAAAUCCGACAGAAAAAGCGGCCGGAUUGCCCCAUCAGUGGCGAGAAGUCAACCCCGACUGGCGAUACGAGCGUCUCACGGACGCCAACAUGAACGCCUACGUCCGCGAGCGCUUUGACGGCCGGACCGUCGACGUUUUCACCAGCCUGCACGACCCCAUCUUGAAAUCCGACCUGCUACGCUACCUUCUCAUCCUGAAGGAAGGCGGCGUCUGGGCCGACAUCGACGUCCGCCCGCUCCAGCCCGUCUCCAAAUGGAUUCCCGAACAGCACCACGGCAAGGCGAACCUGGUCGUCGGCAUCGAGUCCGAUCACCACAAGAAGUCCGUCUUGCCCGGUGUCUCGCCCCACUCUGUCGCCCUGGCGCAGUUCGCGAUGCUCGCCAAGCCGGGUCACCCAGCCAUCCGAGUCCUGGUCGACCGCGUCCUUGACAACAUCCAGCAGCUGAUGGCGACCAAGCCGGCCGGGACCGCCGUCACGUUCAACGAGGUCAUGGUGACCACCGGGCCGUAUGCCUUCACGACGGCGCUGAUGGACUACUUCUUCAACGUCACCGGCGUCGUGCACAACGGCGACGAGAUGGAUAGCCUGGAAGAGCCGCGCUUGAUCGGGGAUGUGCUCGUCCUACCCAAGGACAGCUUUGGCUGGUUGCCGCAUGAGCAUACGUAUGAGAAGGACGAUCCUAUCGUGCUGGUUCAGCAUUUGUUUAUUUCGACCUGGAGGCCGAGCCAUCCGGGCUGA